GACAAGUGUUUUGUGCCCGAGGCUUGCGCGUGUUGCGAGACAAACCACAGAAUUGACCUUACCCCCCCUAUCAGCACGAGAGUUCAUCUCUCCAGUAUUAUCUCGAACCAGUUUCUUGCAUCUAAGGAUUCCAACGUGCCGUACCUGGGCUAUCCAACCCACUACGAGGAAUACACCCAAGUAGAUAUUCCUUUGGUAUGAAGGUAUCUGUAUUCAAAGGUAUCAUCCUUUGCACAUAGUGCAUACUUAGGAAUCCUCUCAGAGGUGCUUUACUUCAAACUUUAUUUUUAACCCCCCAUCUUCAUUCCUUCCAAACCAUAACAGUCUCAAUGGCAUCUCGCUUUCACCAUAAAGUCCUCGAGGAAAUAGGUCUCUCCUCCCUCUGGUCAUCUACCCUGGACACCAAGCUCCUAUGCAUGCAAAGAUUCGCCCGCCACUUUGCAUAUGGUGGAGUAGCGCUCAUUCUCGUCGCCUACCUCGACGAGCUCUCCAUCUCCAAGACGAGAAUUGGUCUCUUUAUGACACUUACGCUCGUUGGAGACACCAUAAUUAGUCUUUUCUUGACGGCGUUCGCAGAUGGCUUGGGUAGGAAAGCAACGCUGGCUGUGGGGGCACUGCUGAUGUCCGCGAGUGGAGUCACCUUUGCUCUAAGUGGGAAUUAUUGGGUUUUGUUGCUUGCUGCGAUCUUCGGGGUCAUAAGUCCCAGUGGCAAUGAAAUAGGACCAUUCCGAGCAAUCGAAGAAUCGAUCUUAGCACAACUCACCCCAGUUGCGAAACGCAGAGAUAUAUAUGCCUGGUAUUCAUUAACGGGCUCUGCUGCCAUUGCGUGUUCAAUGGUUUUGUCAGGAUGGCUCGUAAAUCAUUUACGGGAGGAUUUGAAAUGGACUGCUAUAAGGUCAUAUCGAGUUAUUUUCUGGGGAUAUGCUCUUGUUGGGAUGAUCAAGUUCCUUCUUGCAAUAUCCUUAAGUAAAGCAGUCGAGGUAAAUAAGGAGAAGGAAAUACCUACGGCUGUAGAUCCAGAGACUACCCCGCUUCUGGGAAAUAACUCAGAUGAGCCGGAGCGUAAGACGAAGUCAUCGAUUCGUGCGUUGCUGCCAAAUAUCAGCAUUGAAAGCAGACCAAUUAUCCUGAACCUCUGUCUCUUAUUUGCAGUCGACUCCUUCGCCUCAGGGCUGUCACCCAUAUCAUGGAUAACCUUCUUCUUCAAAGACAAAUUCUCUCUCGCGGAAGGAAAACUAGGCACCAUUUUCUUCGUCACAAGUGCAAUUAGUGCAGUCUCCGUACCCCUAGGAUCCUCCAUCGCAAGGCGCUUUGGAAACAUAAAAACAAUGGUGUUCACACAUCUCCCUUCCGGCAUCUUCCUGGCUCUCAUGCCUAUCCCCUCCUCGCUGCCUCUCGCUGCCACUUUCCUGAUCUUACGGUCCUGCAGUAUCAGCAUGGAUUCGGCGCCACGCACUGCGUUUCUCGCUGCAGUCGUACUACCUCGUGAGCGGACCGCUGUUAUGGGAUUGUUGAAUGUGGUCAGGACUUCUGCACAGUGUAUUGGACCUCUGAUUUCCGGUGUGCUCGCUGGGAAGAACGCUAUUAGUUGGGCAUUCGUCGCGGCGGGAUGUUUGAAGGCCGCUUAUGAUCUUGGUAUGUUAGCUGUGUUUGCAGGGCAUAAGAUGCGGGAAGAGAGGAAUGAAGGGGAUGAGGACAAUGCGCCUGAAAGGUGAUCGCUGAGGCGGGUUCUACUACCCCGAGCAAUAGAGAAGAGGUGCGUGAAACCUUUGUCAGAUCGAGUUAUCUUGGAGCGAUAUACGAGCGUCCUGUCUAAAGAUAGUCGAAGCAUUAUGAAGAAGGAAUUACUCUCGACUACCCUUCUCACCUC